GCGGCAUGGUCUGAGCUGGACCUGGCCCUGGCCCUGCUGCGGGCGCCCCGGAGUCAUCCCAUGAAGCUUCCAGCUCCGUGGGAAUGGGCGUUGCUCAGGGGAUGCUGACUCCGCUUCUCCUUCCUUUCUCUAAAUAGCGAGAAGGAAACGGGAAACUGACCAGCGAGGGAGUGUGCCCGGGAAAAUCAUUUACAGAGGAGGACCCGUCCUCUCCCUGUGCAUUCGUGUGCGAGAGCUGUGUCUCCGGGAAGGGGCGGCUGUGCUCGGGAGCCUGACCCCUCCGGAGCUGCCUUGUUUUCGGCUAUUUUGCUUUAAAACAGAACCUCGCCAGUCAUCGAGGUGACUGAGCGUUUUGGUCGUGUUUGUAGGCAAAGUACCACAGUCACUGAGACACGGGGUGGGCGAGGUCACCUCAUGCCUGGCAGCUCCUUACAGAAACUGGCCCAAUUUUGUUUGUUAGAAAGGUGAACUUCAGUUUGUUAACCCACAAUAAUGCCCAAAGGAGGGGUUCGGUUGGUUAUUUUUGUGAGGGAGAGUUUAACAGCUGUAUGUUUGAGGCAGGAUUAGUCAGGAUUUCCCACUUGCAGGUGUGAGGAUGUUUGGGAAUGUUCUUGCGCUGCGGACGCAUCCUGUAACAGAGCGUGGUGGUGUGAGCUUCCAACAGCCAGUGUACACUUCAACCAGUGCUGCUGUGAAGCAAAAGUCAUCUUGCAACAUGCAAUCUGGGAAAGAGUGAUAGGAAAACAGUUUAGCUCCCGAGCACCACUCUAGUGAUAGGUGCUUCUGUGUUUUCCUUAAAAAGAGACAGGAACCUUCAGAAAAGCAGGAUGACUUGGCCAGUCUCAUUUACUCUGAAAUUUUCUUCCUCAGGCCACUGAACACGUAAUACAAUGGGAAAUGGCACUGAAAUAAUUCACCUGAAAGUGGUUCUUUAAGAAAAAGAAUCCAACCAGUGUAUUUCAGUGGAUUUUAAGUCUAAAGAGGGAAAAUAUCUUUGAAGGAUUUAAACAGUGCUCAUAUCUCAAAAUGUGGGGCUCUUGUUCAGGAAAGCCCCAUGUAAAACAGAGCGGCUUUGGCUUCACUGAUCAUUUCAUGAGGCCAGCACAAUGUUUAGUGUGAACCAAAGCCUGUGUGAUGUUUAUUUCCACUAUUGCUAUGUCGGAUUAAUUGUUGCCUUUUAUUUAGAUUGCAAGUCCAUGAAGUCUUUUGCAUGGAGUAAAUAUUCUAAAGAAAAGUGUUUGAGAUUUCUUGGGCCCUGGCAGACUUAAAAUAAAGGUUUGAGUCCUUUUCUACCUCACAUUUUGCACUUCUGGAACUAUUGAAUUCAGAAAACUUAGUGUCUUUUAAGACAAAAUACUCCAAUUUGUCUUGUCUUGCCUGAAAUUUCCAGUGGUAGAUAAAAUUUUCUGCAAAAGAUUUGAGCACAGCCUCCUAUACCUCUGAUAACAGCUUCGCUUUCCCAUGACCUGCAUACAUAUGUGUCAUAUUCAGAUAAGAAUGAGGCAUGAUGCUGAGUAAGGCUGCUUUUUUUGGAAGGAAAAUGACAAAAGCUAUUUGAGACAGGAAUAGAAGUGCCAGCACUAAAUGAUGGAUGAACAGCCGGCAGCUGAGGUGGCAGCUCUGAUGUUUCCCUGUGUUUAUGGAGUAUUGAAAUGAGGAAGGGUUAUCUGAUGUGUUUCUCUAGGCUGGAUGCUUGUCUUCACAUUCAGCGAUGCUCUGGGUCACAGGACAGGGUGUAAGAGAGUGGAGGGGUUUUGUUUAACACAAGUGAACGUUGCUCCCUCUCUGGAGCUGUUGUGUGGAGCGUGGGGCAUGGCCAUGCCCCUCACCCACCUCCUCCUUCCAGUCUGUUCCCAUAUUUUGUCUGACAGCACUUGCUCCUUAUUAACAUGACUAUAGGCUCUUUGUGCCCUCUGUCAGAAGAAAUCCUUCACCAGAAUAAAUUUCAGAGGUGACAGAUUGGAGCGGUUUGGCCAGAUGAUGGCACACAAAUGUCUCUGAGAUCGGUGCCUGUGGCUUUUCACCCCUUUGCCUUUGACGCUGGGCAGGAGCAGUGGCUGGCACUGUCACCUGUCCGCUUCUGGCUUAUCCUCUCAGGAUGUUGGUCUCUGGAGUUGAGAUGAGAGGUUCUGUGUAGACUCUGGGAGGGAGAAUGGCGGUUACCUGUCCUUAUGUGUCACCUGGAAGCUCAGUUGUGCUGUAUUUUAGAGCCUGUAAAAAAUGUGCUAUUCUGGUUCAUGGAAAACAAAUCAGAGUGUGGUGGUCCUUGUUUGGGCAGUGUCAUGUCUUCUGAGACUGGAAUCCAGACAGGAACUUGCAAUAGGCAGGAACGCAGUCCCAGGUCAUGGGAGUUGAAGCAGAUGGGUUUCUUUGAGGCUGUUUCUUGUCAGAGCACCUUCCAAGGCUUCCCCUCUCUUUCACCACAGGCUCUGACAACAGGUUGAUUUGGCAGGUUGAUGGGAUAGUGAAGUAGCAGACACCCCUCUGCUCACUCAUUGUCAGGGAAACUUGCAGCUGCUGGGUUACAGCAUUCUCCAUAGAUCUGCCAGACAUAGGCAACACAGGGCAAAACACCCCCACGGGAAGGUGCCAGAGGGGCCAGCUGCCUCCCAAGAUGGGCCAAGGCAUGCCAAGCCCUGGUGACCACAUCAGGGGCUGGGGCACCUCAGCCCCCUGCCCUUCCUGGGGGGCAGCUGGCACCCCAGCCCCAUGCUUUGUUUGGGGCUUUGAACGCAGCCGGGGCUCCGAGGGUCUGCACAGAGCCCCCAGGCCGAGACUCGCCCCGCUGCCCGUCACCCCGGAGCGUCCGGUAGGGACCCCGAGGGCUCGGAGCCGGGGAAGACCUUUGGGUGCGGGCAGCGGGACUCCCUCGGGCAUGGAGCCGCCGGUCUCAGAUAUACGUCCAGGCUGGAAGGAUCGUCCCCGGCUGGGAGGAGCCAGCAGCUCCGCCGCUGUAAACAGUGCGGGCACCGCCAGCGGUUGGGAGAUGGAUAUAAAAAGGGAGACGGAGGGGAGGCAGCCGGAGCGGAGGAGCGGGAGCUGCCUGCGCCUGCCUGCCCCUGCCCACCCCUGCCUCCGCCGCCGGGGCGCCCGGCAGCACGGUUGGGAGCUCCCGAGAGGCGGCGAACAAAGUUCGAGGCUCGGCGCUGCCGGGUAUAGCUAUCCAUCCAGAGAAUUAAACAUCCUGAAGAAUGGCUCUACCUACCUCCAAGUAUCUGGCUGAAAAUGUCAUUUUUCUUCUGUUUGUGAUCUCUUCUGUAAGCACAGCAGAAGCAGAUGUCACAUGUCCUGAUAAGGAUCCUGAGCUAGAAAACUGGAACCCAGGACACAAUGAAGAAAACCGCAUUGAGAUCCGUAAUGGCAGGAAGCUCCUUCUCUCUUCUUCUGCGACUGUCCACUCUAUCCACAUCACUGAUGGAGGAAAACUGGUCAUUAAAGAUGAUGUGCAGCCUAUCAUUUUGCGUACUAGACAUAUACUCAUUGAAAAUGAUGGAGAAUUAUAUAUUGGCAGUGAGAUGUGCCCUUACCAAAGCAAUGUGGUUAUCAUCUUAUAUGGGCGAGCGGAUGACGGCAGCCAGCCAAAUCCCUACUUUGGGAAGAAGUAUCUUGGAGUAAGUAAGGGUGGCACUCUUGAGAUCCACGGGAAGAAAAAGCUGUCCUGGACUUUCUUAAACAAGACUCUUCAUCCUGGUGGCAUGGAAGAAGGUGGAUAUUACUUUGAAAGGAGCUGGGGCCAUCGGGGUGUCAUUGUCCAUGUUAUUGAUCCAAAGACGGGGGCAGUUGUCCAUUCAGAUCGGUUUGACACCUACAGAGCAAAAGAGGAAAGCAUACGUCUUGCCCAGUAUUUGGGCCGAGUUGCAAAUGGCAUGAUCGUGUCAGUUGCAGUGAACGAUGAAGGAUCUAGAAACUUAGAUGACACGGCCAGGAAAGCAAUGACCAAACUGGGCAGCAGGCAUUUCCUCCACCUUGGGUUUAGGCACCCAUGGAGUUUUAUUACUGUUAAAGGAAAUCCCUCCUCUUCUGUUGAAGACCACAUUGAAUAUCAAGGUCACAAAGGGUCAGCUGUGGCCAAAGUAUUCAAACUAUUCAAAGCUGAGAACGGAGAACAUUUUAAUGUCUCUUCAACUAGUGAGUGGGUUCAAGAUGUAGAAUGGACAGAGUGGUUUGAGAAGCCUGAUAAAGCAAGAUCUAAGGACAUGGAGAAGCUUUCUGACUUCAAAGCUGCUCAUCCUGAUAAAAUCUGUAGGCAACCCAUUGACAUACAGGCAAUGACACUUGAUGGAGCUGAUUUAACAACUGAAGUGUUCUACAAGAGUGGCCAUGAUUACAGGUUUCUGUGCCAUGGGAAGGACCAGACGGGCGAGGGCUGUCAGAACUACAGAGUACGGUUCCUGUGUGGCAGAUCUGUGAAACCAAAGCUUACGGUAACCAUUGACACCAAUGUGAACAGCACGGUCCUGAAUCUGGUGGAUGACGUGAGCUCAUGGGAACCCGGAGACAGGCUGGUGGUUGCAAGCACUGACUAUUCCAUGUACCAGGCGGAGGAGUUCCAAGUGCUGCCAUGCAAAGCCUGCAGACCCACCCAGGUCAAGGUAGCAGGAAAAGCAACAUACCUCCACAUUGGUGAAGUGAUUGAUGGUGUUGACAUGAGGGCAGAAGUGGGGCUGCUGAGCCGCAACAUUGUGGUGAUGGGUGAGAUGGAGGGGCAGUGCUAUGAGUACAGCAGCAAGUUAUGCUCCUUCUUUGAUUUCGACACCUUUGGGGGACACAUCAAGAUUGGUCUUGGUUUUAAGGCCACCCAUAUUGAAGGUCUGGAACUGAAAUAUAUGGGCCAGCAGACAAUGGGACAUUACCCAAUUCAUUUCCAUAUGGCUGGAGAUGUGGAUGAGAAAGGAGGCUACAAUCCUCCGACGUAUGUGAAGGAUGUCUCCAUCCACCAUACCUUUUCCCGCUGUAUCACAGUCCAUGGAUCCAAUGGUUUACUGGUGAAGGAUGCUGUGGGUUAUGAUGCACUGGGCCAUUGCUUCUUUACGGAGGAUGGACCAGAAGAGCGCAACACAUUUGAUCACUGCCUGGGGCUGCUUGUUAAACCUAGCACUCUGCUCCCCUCUGACCGAGACAGCAGGAUGUGCAAGCUGAUCACAGAGGGUGCUUACCCAGGGUACAUCCCUAAACCCAGGCAGGACUGUAGUGCCGUAUCCACCUUCUGGAUAGCCAACCCGCACAACAACCUGAUAAACUGUGCGGCUGCUGGAUCUGAAGAAACAGGCUUUUGGUUUGUUCUGCACCACGUGCCGACAGGGCCCUCAGCGGGCAUGUAUUCCCCUGGCUACUCGGAGCACAUGCCGAUGGGGAAAUUCUCCAACAAUCGCGCACAUUCCAACUACCGGGCUGGAAUGAUCAUCGAUAAUGGUGUUAAAACUACUCCAGCCUCCGCCAAGGACAAGAGACCUAUCCUGACACUGAUUUCUGGAAGAUACAGCCCACACAAAGAUGCUGAUCCUUUGAAGCCCAGGGAACCUGCAAUAAUUGAGCACUUUAUUGCCUACAAGAACCAGGAUCAUGGGGCCUGGCUGCGGGGUGGAGAUGUGUGGCUGGACGACUGCCAGUUUGCUGACAACGGCAUUGGCCUGACCUUAGCGAGUGGUGGGACUUUCCCUCAUGAUGAUGGCUCAAAGCAAGAAAUCAAGAACAGCCUGUUUGUUGGCGAGAGUGGAAACCUGGGCACCGAGAUGAUGGACAACGAGAUCUGGGGACCUGGGGGUCUGGAUCACAGAGGAAGGACCCUGCCCAUUGGCCCAGAUUUUCCCAUUCGAGGGAUUCAGUUCUACGAUGGACCCAUCAAUGUCCAGAACUGCACAUUCCGCAAAUUCGCUGCCCUGGAUGGGCGGCACACCAGUGCCCUGGCCUUCCGCCUCAACAACGCCUGGCAGAGCUGCCCCAACAACAAUGUCACUGACAUUCAUUUUGAAGAUGUCCCUAUUACCUCAAGGGUCUUCUUUGGAGAACCUGGCCCCUGGUUCAAUGAUCUGGAUAUGGAUGGUGAUAAAACAUCAGUUUUUCAUGAUGUGGAUGGCUCUGUAUCAGAAUAUCCAGGCUCAUACCUGAUAAAAGAAGAUAACUGGUUAAUCAAGCACCCAGACUGCAUUGACGUGCCUGACUGGAGAGGUUCCAUCUGCAGUGGACACUUUGCACAGAUAUACAUCCAAGCCUACAAGCCAGCCAACCUGAAAAUGAAAAUAAUUAAAAAUGACUACCACAAUCACCCACUCUAUUUGGAAGGGGCUUUGAGCAAAAGCACUCAUUACCAGCAGUAUCAGCCAGUUAUAACUCUGAGGAAAGGCUACACCAUCCACUGGGACAAGACAGCCCCUGAAGAGCUGGCCAUAUGGCUCAUCAACUUCAACAAGAACGACUGGAUCCAAGUAGGGUUUUGCUAUCCUAAAGGGACGACAUUUUCCAUUCUCUCAGACAUCCACAAUCGUCUCUUGAAGAAAACAUACAAAACUGGAACCUUCUACAGAACCUCUCAAAUGGAGAAACUGGAGCACAGAUACCCUAGCAAAGGAUAUUACUACUGGGAUGAGGACACUGGGCUGCUGUUUCUAAAACUCAAAGCUCAAAAUGAAAAGGAGAAAUUUGCUUUCUGCUCUGUCAAGGGCUGUGAACGAAUAAGGAUCAAAGCUGUAAUCCCAAAGACAGCUGGCAUCAGCGACUGUGAAGCUAUGGCCUAUCCCAAGUACAUUGAGACACCAAUAGUAGAAGUGCCAAUGCCUAAGAAGCUCUCUAGUGCACAGCUGAAGACUAAGGACCACCUACUAGAAGUGAAAAUAGAAACUUAUAAGAAACAGUACUUCCAUCUAAAGGAUGACUUUGCAUACAUUGAGGUUGACGGUGUCAGGUUUUUCCUCACUGACGAAGGUAUCCAACUGGUGGUGAUUGAUGGGCAUCGUGGAAAAGUUGUUGAUCGAGUAACAUUCAAAAACUCAAUUCUACAAGGAAUUCCAGCACAGAUAGAAAAUUAUGUCAACAACAUCAAAGAUCACUCCAUAGUUCUGGUGACAUCUAAAGGAAGAUUCAUUUCAAGAGGACCAUGGACUAAAAUACUGGAGAAACUUGGAGCAGAAGAGGGGUUUAGGUUAAAAGAAAAAAUGGCUUUUGUUGGCUUCAAAGGCAGCUUCCGCCCUGUAUGGGUGAAGCUGGUCACUAAUGAGGACUCAGCUAAAAUCUAUCAAGCACUGCCAAUUCCUGUGGUGAAGAAAAUGAAAUUAUGAGGACACACUUCUCUGCCUUCUGGCUGCCAGCACUGCCCCGUCGGAUGGACUACUGACUGCUCGCCACAGGCACCGCGCCAGCCUGCUCCAGAGGUGUAGCAUUUUGUUGUCGUUUUUGCUGUUCAAAAAGAAACCUUACUGUAGCUAGAGUGGCCACAUGUGACGGACAAGCCUUCCUCUGUGAUCACCAGCUCCUCGCCAGUUGACUUGCUCACCAAUGCCAUGUCGACUCUCAUCUUACUAAGCAAGGUGACAGACUAAUUCAUGUGCUGCCUCUUGAAGGGGGAGGUCUAGGCCUGAAGGCCAUCAAGGAUUAUUUUUUUUACCAGCCUUUAAGUUGUCCAAACACUUUUUUUCCCAUAGUGUAACUAGCUGCUCAUAAACAUGGAAUGCUAAUUCAAAGGUUGGUUGAAAAAUCUAAGAUAGAAAGAGUGUAUUUGAAUGAAUACCUAGUGCUGGGAAACAUAACUGGACAGUAAGAAUUUAUCCUAAAUCUUCUAUGAUGUUUGGUCACGCUCUUUGGGAUCUGUGUUGUAAAUGCUAGCCCAUGGCACAUAGUUGGGGAAGAGGUGAGAGAGGAGCGGAUAAAACAUGCCAGUGGAGACUGAUGAAACCACAUAUUUCUGCUUGCUCAGAAAAUCAUGUUUUUUAAUAGUGGUUGCUCAAAUAAGAUGUUUUCCUUCAACAAGCAGCAGGAAAGCAAAGUCAAUUGGCACAUGUAUUUUCUCAGCCUUUCCCAUACAGUCCCCACAUAUAACAAUGUUCAGGCUCAGUCUGGAGAGUUUAUGGUAGCCAGUCAAAGCCAUCCUGUUCAAGGCUUCCAGUUUUUGACUGGGAAUACUGGGACUUACCUUAUUCAGCCUUAGAUAGGGUGAGCAACCCUCACCUUUCCAGGGAGGUCAGAGGGAAUGGAACCAGACCAUUCUGCUGUGUGUUGCUUUCUGAUCGUGUCCUCAGGCUUAUGAGCAUGAGUGUCUUGGUCCUCCUCGAAAAGUUACGUGAGAUCUGGAUGGAAGGUGACAGAGGUCUUACCAGGUAGCUGAAGAAUCAGAGUGGGAAUCCCCAUACACUAGUUGGAUGUCUUGUACCUCCUUUCCCCCUUCUUCAAAGCAGUACCUGGGUAAUGAAGGCAGAUUAGCAUGAAUCAGGACUCCCAUGGGGACAUCUCUUGAAGCUGGAAUUUAUAUGUUAUUUUGUAAAACAUUGUAAGCACUUCUGGUGUUCAGUGAUAUUUCUCUCUGUUGCUCAGAAAUGCCAUGGAGGCGUUUCUGAGGGCUGUGGCUAUUGUAAGAAAUCCAAGUGUGGGGGUAAAAGACAGGAUGAUGAGCUUUUCAAAGCACACAGAAUAUCAGUUUUGCCAAUAGUAUCUGGGUUUGUUUUCCCACUUUGUCUCUGCCUGUCCCCAUUGGUACAGAAAUCAUUCUUGUUGCUGUUGGUUACUUCAUUUUGCUCUGGUUUAAUUAAUUCAUGUAAUUAAGUUGCUUUUUUUCCGCAGUAUCCAAAACACUAUCUUGCAGCUAGGAUCAAAGAGCAAGGAUUUUGUGUCAUUCCAAAGGCUGGGCAGGUAUUGCACUUUGUAAAGCUGGUUUGGAUCAAUUGCUCUGAAAGUCAAAGCAACCCUGAGCAAAAUUGAGACAGUACUGUAGGUUACCUUACCCUCCAGCCUCUCCUGGGUUUUGAAACUGGAAAUGUUCUUUUCAGCCUUAUUCUAUAGUUGUUCUGAACUCAAUGAAUGUCACUUGUGUUGUAUUUAAAAGAAGAGCCAAGCUUUCCCUCCCUUCCUUCUCAACAAGAGAAGGCUCUUCAGGCAUUUGUGCCAUUUCCAGAAUGAAUGAGCAACACUUGUAAAAGUCAAGUAAAGUGAGUUGUUUUUUUCGUCCAAAGGUAAACAGAGCCAGAUCCCUGAAGUUGAGCAAAUAGACUAAAAACAAGUCCCUUGAGUAUGUUAGUCUGGGUUAUCUAAACCUCUUCACUGUCCUGAGGCAUAUCUGUUGAUACCAUUGCACUGGUGUUAGUGGAACACACUUGCUCCCAGAAGAUGGACCAAAGCAGGAAUAUUUCUUUCAUGAGUGCUUGAAAAAAGCGCUGUGUGGGCAGGAAAGCCAGACUCAGAAUGUACCUGGGUUGCGAUUUGGCUUUGUAUGACACGUAGGGUAGGGUUUGCCCCCUGUGGUGUCCAGCUUCAGUGGGCCACCAGCCGUUUCUCUUCUCCUGCUCCCUGGAAGCACAUUAAUUCACUGGGAGGAUCGUACCAGGUGGGUCUAUCCCCUAGGCAGGUUUGUGCAGCUUCUGUGAGCAUGCUGCCUUCGUGAAGUGUAGCUUCUGAUUUUACUGUUUUGGGAAUUCUCAGGGUGAAAUCAUAAGACUUGGCUCUAGGAAAAGCUUUUUUCCUUUUCUUUCAUAAAAAAAUCUCAUCUUAUUGAAAGAAGAAAACUUUUAAGUAGCUUGUUCUAUCAUGCAAAGCUUGUCAUAUGGGGCCUGUUGUUGGAGCUAGGGUGGGUUUCACGCUGUGAAUAUGGAGUACGGGAUCACUGCAGUCUGUAAGCCUGAGGGACAAUAGAGCAUCGUAGUGGGGCUGCCACGGCUGGGAAACACAAAGGGCUUCCAUUGGCCUUUACAGGAUGAAGUCAGUGUGUUGCUCUGAAGACAGAACGAAGCCUACCACCAUCACCAGUCAGCAAUAGUUUUGUGCCAUAGGAUUACUCUUUAAUCUUUGACUGUUCUAGAAAUUGCACACGCACAUUUUGACUAGUGAAUUACCUGACUGCUUGUUCUCUGUACACCUUGUACAGUCCUUGCACAAGCUGCAGUUCCCCUCUUUGUAAGGUUUUAUUACUGCAGAUGUUUCUAUGUUUGCCUUCGCAAUUGCCAUUGGUAGAAUGGGGGUUUUUUUGUUUGCAUUUUGUUUGUUUGGAUGUUUGUUUGGAUGUUUGGGGGUUUUGCCUCUGUUUGAAUGCUUAUUUUACCUGUCGCCGAAACAGCUGGUCCUUUUUCGGAGUUAGAUGUUUGUACAUUUUCUUGUAGACUUUCCAAUGAAAAAAAAAGAUAUAUUUUCUAUUAAUUUAUUACAAUGGCACUAAGACAACUAAAUUGCAGACAUAUGAAGCAUUUUUACUGGAGUUUAGCACUGUCCAGGUUGUUAAGGAGGUUGGCAAUAUGUCUUUUCUGAUAAUCUGCUUUGCACUUGAAAGCUCUCUAUGUCCGCAGACCGUGGUAAUGCAUUGACUGUCUGGGCUAUGAUGACAAGAGCUCUUGGGACGUUGAUUCCAACAGAUUGUGGCUUACAACUGAAAUAACACGUAGUUGUUUGGAGUACACAAUGUUUAUCAAAAUAAAUAUUCAAUGCAAAUUUCUUAUUUUA